UCGCUCGCCCCCGGACCGCCAGCUGCGGGCGCGCGCAGGCAGCGAGACAAGUCCUGUACUUGAGUUACAUUGUUGGGCGACUUUUCCCAACUCCCUCCGCCGCGGCGUUGCGGCCCCUCCGUGGCCUGGCUGGGCUGCUCUCGGCUCUGCCUCCGGCGGCCUUUCGAGACGCGCCUUCGGCUGCGAGGGGGCGCGGGAGGGAGCGAGGCGCCAGAGCCGCGGCGGCGGCGGCGGCAGGGGGGAGGAGAGCCCCGGCCCCCCCACCCGCCAGCGCGACGCGGAGAGACGCGGAAGGGCCCUUCCAGCCGGCCGCCCCGGGAUCCGCCUCCCUGCGCCUCUGGCUCUCUCGGCGGGCGACUCUCUCGGCGGGCUCCGCACCGCCCCCCUCCCCGCCUCGGCUCGGCUCUUUCCCGCCGCCGACCUCCACGCCGCGCCGCUGGGCAUGAGUUAAACCGCGGACAUGGACACCAAACACUUCCUCCCGCUGGAGGCAGCAGAUGUGGACUUUUGAACAGUGUUUGGAGGCACCGUCACCACGAGAGGCUGGUGGGAAAAGGGUGGCCAGGCAAAGAAUUCCCCCAUGUCUAAGAAGGCAAACCAAUGAAGGGGCUCCUGCAGCUCCUGAACCAUGCCCAGUUUUUAUGGCACAUUAUGCAGUAUUGCACAAGACUCAAUCCCACCAAAUGCAUCUCUCUGAGACCAGCUCUGCUCUCUGAGCGGGAGAGCCUGCUCCUUCCCUCGGGAACCCUCGGCUGUCCCUCGGUGGUUGCAGCAGGAUGCCCAGCCCCCCCUUCCUUCCUCUUGCGGAGAGCAUUGGCGCUGCCCUUUCUGAGCUGCUGAAGGAUUUUUCCCAAUUUUUCCGUCCAAGUGAAUUCGACUUCCUUAAGUUCUCCGGCCGGCCGGGGGGGCCCUAUGGCCACGCCUGCCCUCCACCCCUCCAUGGGGCCCAGCCUCGGGGGCCCCUUGGGGUCACCCGGCCAGCUCCACUCGCCCAUCAACGGCAUGGGGCCGCCCUUCUCCGUCAUCAGCUCCCCGAUGGGGCCUCAUGCCAUGUCUGGACCGUCCACCCCCAGCCUCGGAUUCGGAGCUGGCAGCCCGCAGCUCAACUCCCCCCUGAACCCCGUGAGCAGCACAGAAGACAUCAAGCCCCCCCUGGGCAUCAACGGGGUUCUCAAAGUGCCAAUGCACCCCUCCUCCAUCAUGCCCGCCUUCACCAAGCACAUCUGUGCCAUCUGUGGAGACCGCUCCUCAGGCAAGCAUUACGGGGUAUACAGCUGUGAGGGCUGCAAAGGCUUCUUCAAACGGACGGUGCGGAAGGACCUGACCUACACCUGCCGGGACAACAAGGACUGCCUGAUCGACAAGCGCCAGCGGAACCGGUGCCAGUAUUGCCGCUACCAGAAGUGCCUGGCGAUGGGCAUGAAGAGGGAAGGGAUGGAGCACCAUCCAUCCCGACCCACAAGACUCCCUGGAAGGCAGGAGCAAUCAGCUGUCCAGGAGGAGCGGCAACGAGGCAAAGACCGCAACGAGAAUGAGGUUGAAUCCACCAGCAGCGCUCACGAGGACAUGCCGGUGGAAAAGAUCCUGGAAGCUGAACUGGCGGUGGAGCCCAAGACGGAGACCUACAUCGAAGCCAACAUGGGCCUGACGCCGAGUUCGCCCAAUGACCCGGUCACCAACAUCUGCCAAGCGGCAGACAAGCAGCUCUUCACACUGGUGGAGUGGGCCAAGCGGAUCCCCCAUUUCUCGGAGCUCCCACUGGACGACCAGGUCAUCCUGCUCCGAGCCGGUUGGAACGAGUUGCUGAUCGCCUCCUUCUCCCACCGAUCCAUCGCGGUCAAAGACGGGAUCCUCCUGGCCACAGGCCUCCACGUCCACAGGAACAGUGCCCACAGUGCGGGAGUCGGGGCCAUCUUUGACAGGGUAUUGACCGAACUUGUGUCGAAGAUGCGAGACAUGCAGAUGGACAAGACCGAAUUGGGGUGCCUGCGAGCGAUUGUCCUCUUCAACCCAGACUCAAAGGGCCUCUCCAACCCUGCUGAGGUCGAAGCACUGCGGGAAAAGGUCUACGCCUCGCUGGAGGCCUACUGCAAACAGAAGUACCCUGAGCAGCCAGGGAGGUUCGCCAAGCUGCUGCUCCGCCUGCCCGCCCUCCGGUCCAUUGGCCUGAAGUGCUUGGAGCACCUCUUCUUCUUCAAGCUCAUAGGGGACACGCCCAUCGACACCUUCCUGAUGGAGAUGCUGGAAGCGCCACACCAGAUGACUUAAAGGACGCUGGGCCGGGCCAGCUGCUCUCCUCAGCCCAGGGGGCUGCCUGCCACUGGGACCUCCGCUCUGAGACCCAUCCUGCUGCCACCUCCCCCCACCACCACCAUGGAAGGGAGGCCGCCUGCCCCAUCCAUCCCCCACCACCCCACCCAGGAAUGUUGGCCGGGCUGGCUUGGCCCUUUGCUGCUUCCGCAGCCAACCUGCGUCUGAGGACAACCAGCUUUUGCAGGUGGAGAAUGGUUCGAAGAGCAACUGCUGCCUGCUUGCACUUGGGGCCCUGCCCCUCCUCCAUCAAGGCUUUGGGUCCCCCCCCCAGGUGCAGAAGGCUGAAUUUACUCCAACUCCCUUGAAGGGUUUCAGGAUUCUGUGACGCCGCCUUUGUUUAAGAACAAGGGAUUGUGGGACACAAGGCAUGUGUUGCCGGAGGGCGUAGGAGAGGCCGGGAGGGCGGCCCGCUGCCCCCGUAGAGAGAUGGCACUUCUGGAGCAAGGCUGCCUCCUCAAGCCAGGGUGGGCAGGGCUACCAGCCGGCCUUUGCGGCCCCUCGGCUGCCCCUGCUUGCUUAUGUGGGCAGACAAGGAGGGCAGAGUGUCUUUGCUGACAGAUGGCAGGCCGAGCCACCCUGCGCAGGCUCUGGGGCAAGAGACCCCUCCCCAUUCUUGCACAGAGCAAGAGAGCCGCCCCCUUUUUACUGGGAGGGAAGGAGGGGGGUCUUCGGGGCUCACAGGGGAAGCUCUGGCUUGUUGGGGGUUGGUGGGCAUCAGGCUGCCCUGGGCUGAUGCUUUGCGAGCGCCAGCACCAAGGGGCAGAGGGCAGGCUCUCUUGGGGGCAGGGGGAAUGCCCUGGCUGUCUUCCCAGGGUCAGAGAGACGUGGAGCAGGAAUGGGGGAGAAGGGGGGGGGGCUCAAGUUGGGUGCCAAGGCAGAGUCUGCCCUCACUGGAGCCCCACAUCUGCCCAGGCAACUGCAACGGACACUGCAGGUCUGUCAUUGAGGGAGGGAGGCCUGUGGCCUCUGCAGGAGUCCCUGCCCUGCCCUGCUCUGCCUAGAAGAGGGGUCUGGGUAGCGAGGCCCACCCCCCACUCUGAAAAUAAAAGCUUGUCUCCCUUUUCAGUUCACCCCAAAAAGCACUCAGAGCUGCUUCCUCUGGGCAGGUUCGGGUGCUGCCACGGCUUGGCCUGCUCCUCCGUCUCCUGAUGCCCAAAUCGGACCGUCCAAGUGCGGCUGGGGGCCCUUGGAGUUGGGGGCAGCGCGUUGAAGCCUGAGCCGCCGAUCCCGGCUGCGCCCCCCCCACCGGCCGGGCACCGGGAGCGCUGGCGGCGGGGGGGGGGCUGAGCUAGGUCAUCUGGCCUGCUGGAGGGAGGGAGGGGCCGGCGGGGACGCCCGUUUCCCGACGGACUUCAGGUCAGCUUCUCUCUCCCUUCGGCGGACCGGCUGCCGGGCUUCUUCGCUCGCCCUCGGUGCAGCGGUGGAGCCCCGCCCGGCCCUGCUCGGCGGCUUUGGCUGCUGGCGAGGAAGCGGCAGACUUUGCUCCGGCCGCGCUCCGCGGCUGUACGUCGAGGCUCCGUUUCCAGUUUCGGGGGAAGAAAGCGGAGGAGAUGGAGGAAGCGCGGCUCACAGACUCCCCCCCCCCGGGACAGCCCAGCGAGCUUGCCGCGGGUGGCUGGGCGUCCCAUCGGCGCUUGCUUGUCGCUUCUCCUCGCCCGCCCCCCCCCCCCAGUUGGUUACCCUGCCCGGGGGGGGUGAGGAAGCCGGGUCCCCCCAGGCGCGGGAGACGCAACCUUUUGAACGGGGGUUUUUCCUGACUAGGAAAAGCUCUGCCUUCAGGAGACAGCUUGGGGGGGGGGGAGUUGCCCCGUCCCCCCCCCGUGUUGCCAGACGAGGGAUGCAGGCACGAAGCGGAGUCGUGUGGGGCGUCCCUGGGGGGCUGCAGCCUCCCCCCCCCAGGAGUUUCUGCUCCGGGGCAAGGGAGUGCGCGGGGGGGGGGUGUGUGUGUCGGUCUCCUACACUUGAGGUGGCGCGAUGCGUGUGUGUGUAUACUUGUAUGUAGUGUAGAUAUAUGCACUGUACAAAUCUCCUCAUUCACAUAUGCAUAAUAACCCACCCGCCUUUGAGGGUUCAUUUUCUGCUCUCCGUUCUCCGACCUGCUUGCUCUCCCUACUUCGCUUGCUCCGGGGGAGCGGGCGUCCUGCCACCCCCCCCACCCCGGAGCCGAUGGCAAAGAAGACUGGAGCUCUGUAACCGGAGCAAAGGGGGACGCAUCUAUUUUCAGAUGCCGGAGCGCCCGGGGCGGGGAGGAAGGGGGGCGAGCCGGGGCUUAGCCAUUCCCGGCCUUUAGACGAAGAGGCCCGCCGGAGCUUGUAGCUGAAGCAGGCGAUAAAAGGAAAAGGUGGAGAGAGAGAGAGAAGGGGAGCGAAAUAUCUAAGUGUCAAUAAAGCUAAAUAUCUAUUUUUGUACAAAUGUAAUUUUAUCCCUUACGUAUGCUUAAUUUGGGGAGGGGGACCGCUUUUAUAGGAUUUGUCCUAAAUCUCUCGUUAAUAUGCUCAGCCUUAAGACCCCCUCUGCGAAGCAAAGGACAAGCUUUCUUUCGUGUUGCAAUCUUAAGAAAUCACUUUGCAGCGAAGGGAUGUCCCUUCCCUCCCCCAUCCGGAGACACGCAAAACACAGCAACGUCUGGUUGCGCCCCCUCCGAGAGUCUUCUUCUUGCAGCAUUAGCUCUACUGUGAAACCACGGCCCUAUGUUAUUGUUCACUAAAAAAAAAUAAAGCUAAUUAAUAAAAAAAAAAUCUGCUGGAAAUGCCAGUAUUUUGAUGAAAUGUAUUAGGGUUGUUUUUUUAAAAAAAAAGCUAAAAGGAAAAUAUACGAGCGUGUUAAAGCA